CGCCUCUUCUACAGCAGUAUCAGCAUGUCGGUCGCUCGCUCAAGGAUAUUGGAGCUGAUGAAGCUCCAAUGCUCCAUAUUCAAUACCACAUUCAACCCCGACCGAUUACGACUGGGCAAUAAAGUCUUGCGCCAGCGACUAAAGGGCCAUAUACUAUCAAAAUACUACCCGCCGAAGGUAGACGUUAUUCAGAACUUGAGAAAAGACUAUCCUGAUUGCUUGGUUCCGGAUGAGCGGGAGGAGUUGCGGUUGGAGGCCGUAGAGGCGAAGAGAGCAAGAGGCAAGGGUGCUCCAAAGAAGCGUACGGCGGCAGAGUCGAAGAAGCUCACGAAGAGGAAGCCGGGGGCGAAGUAAGCCAGGAGCAAAGUCUGGGUAAAUUCGUUGAAAAUCUGUAUACCAUAUGCAUUGGGCCUGGCGCUUUGAACAAAACUCGGACUAUGUACCAGUACAGUGGGUCAAUAUAUCAAGAUUUGGACUACGUAUUCGUUACUUUCGAACGGCAUUGCACAAUUCUUUUCAACGAGCCUGCUAACCGGCGAUGUGAAGCGCGACCG